UGCACCAGCAGCACCAGUGUCAAAAUUCAGGCUCACCCGAGUGUCAUCUGAGCCCUCACUGUGAGUGUGGAGUGAGUGUGGAAAAACAGUCCAAAUUGACAUUCAUAACGAAGGGCGGGGGAGCGCUUGCUGUCAAAAAUGUGGGUGAAAGAAGCCCUAUUUGACUGUGGAUCGUUUGGCUAAAAAAAAGUAGGUGAUAUUGUCCCCCACACUUGUGUACCAUUUCAUUUCGUGUUGUUGUUGUGUAUUGGUAUUCCACCGUGUGCUCCCGUUGUGUGCCAUUGCGUGUUGUGUGUAUUCGUAUGCCAUCGUGUACUCUCGUACUCUUUUGAUACUUGGCCUGUGUGAGAGAAGAGAGAGAGAGAUAUGGAAAACAAAAACAAAAACGUAAGCAUCGUAGACGAAAAUGGGAAUCCUGGUAAGCGGUCCUUAAGCAUGCUAAGAAAUUUUGAAGAAGAAGAAGAAACAACACUUGAUUCUGGAAACGCUAAAAAGCAGCAAAAAGAGCAACCAUCUGGGACAAUGAAGAAUUAUAUUGUUUUUCCAAAUGGACAAAAACUAGAAAUUCGUGGCACUAUUUGUGGUGCUGUCAAUCUGGAUCAAACUGUAUGUGCGAAACCAUUAGAUGCUAAUCCGAGCUCCACACAAACACAGCAAACUAUUUUUUUAAAAACUGCUGGAGCUACUCCAUGUACUACCAAACCUGUACAACAGCCAUUAGAUGUUAAAAAGUCCGCUGGAAAACCAGAUCCCGUCACACAUACACAGCAAACUAUUUUUUUAAAGACUGCUGGAGCUACUCCAAGUACUAGCAAACCUGUACAACAGCCAUUAGAUGUUAAAAAGUCUGCUGGAAAGCCACAUCCCGUUACACAAACACAGCAAACUAUUUUUUUAAAGACUGCUGGAGCUACUCCAAGUACUAGCAAACCUGUACAACAGCCAUUAGAUGUUAAAAAGUCUGCUGGAAAGCCACAUCCCGUUACACAAACACAGCAAACUAUUUUUUUAAAGACUGCUGGAGCUACUCCAAGUACUAGCAAACCUGUACAACAGCCAUUAGAUGUUAAAAAGUCUGCUGGAAAGCCACAUCCCGUUACACAAACACAGCAAACUAUUUUUUUAAAGACUGCUGGAGCUACGCCGAGUUAUAGUAAAUCAAUCCAACAAACGUCUUUGGAAACGUCAGGAGAUAUUAUGGAGUAUAGCAAACUAAAACAGCAUUCCAAAACAUCUUACGCUACUCCGGGUCCGAGCAAACCGAGUCUGCAAAUGGUUAAUACCGAACUAUCUGGUGGUUUGCUUGAUCCCGACGAUACUCCAUUCUUAAUCACCAAGAACAUAUUACGACAGCUUAUUCGUGAUGAAGUUACUAGCGUAUUCCAGGAACAAAGGGAUAGUUUCAUGGAACCAAUGUUUCGACGCAUGGCCGGAAUGGAAGCGACUUUUGCUUCACUGUAUAAUCAAAUCUCGUCACAGACCAAUCAAACGAAUGUUGAUCCAAAAGUGUUGGAAAAUUUCGAGUUUGAUACCAUCGACAGUGGCGAAGCAUUGACUGAACUUGACGAGCGACUUAAAAACGAUGAUCAGUAUAAAACUACGUUUGUUGCAUGGGUUCAAAGGUACAUUAACGUGCCAAUAAGUACAAAAAGGAUGUCGAAACUGCUCAAAGCGUUAUUUACACCCAAAUUUCUUUGCCUUCUGACAUGGAGUGGAAGAGGAAAAAGAGCAAUGUACACUUUGUCAAAUUAUAAAGGAAUAAUAGACUUGUUUAAAACUGUAGGAAGUACUGAACUUUCCAAAGUAGGGGACCGUGAAGUUGCAGAUUUCUUCAUCCUUAAAUUGAGAUACGCUACAUACUAUCUAAGCCGGCAGGAAUGCAACCAAACAAAUAGUUGAGGAAUCUUUAAGUUUAAUUGAGGUUUAAAAGCCU